GCCGGGCAGGUGUGGGCGUGUGUGAGCGGUCUGUGAUAUGUAAUGUAUGCGUGGUGUAAUCGUUGCCUUUCAACCUCCCUACUGUAAUUUUUUAUAUAAGCAACAUACGGAAUAUAGUUCUGAUAUAAGGGGUCAUUGGUGAUCGCUUACCAUCAGUACCAUUAGUGAAUUCAGCUUGAAGUGUAGCUUUAAAUUUGAUACUUCGAAAGGCGCCUUUAGGCUCCUGUGCAUUUGAUUGAUGGGAGACAAAACUAUAUCACAUGAAGAAAUAUGUGCAGGUGGAGACAUUGGUAAAAAUGCACAAUGGAAGAAUGCACAAGAACGUAAUGGUGCAGCCCAGCGCCGGGUGCUCUGGGAAGACUCAACAGAACUGGAGGGAGGAGAGGGGGAUGAGUCGAUGUUGGAGGACGACUGGCUGAUCUGGGUGGGCGGCGCCGGCCGGAAGCAGCCCCUGCUCCGCUUCAGCUGCGGCAACCUGGACGACGAGCCCAUCGGCCCCGUCGGCAGGCAGUACCACAUGCUGUUCAAGAUGCAGAACACCGACAGCAAGCUGUUCCGCCGACUCAUGGACGUCCACGGCGUCCGUGAGGCGUCGCCGUCCGUCUGCGAUUUCAACAUCCUCUGGACGGGCGUGCACCCCAAGCCGUUCGUGCUGCGCAACCUGUACGACUACCAGCGCGUGAACCACUUCCCCAGGUCUUACGAGCUGACGAGGAAGGACCGGCUGUGUAAAAACAUCGAGAGGAUGAAGUAUAUACGCGGCGCCAAGCACUUUGACUUCAUACCGCCCAGCUAUAUCAUGCCAAACGAAUAUCAGGAGUUCUGCUCAGCGUUUCUGAAGGACCGCGGCGCGUGGAUCGUCAAGCCGGUCGCCUCGUCCCGCGGUCGGGGCAUCUACCUCAUUAACCACCCGGACCAGAUUCCGCUGGACGAGAGCGUGGUCGUGUGCAAGUACAUCGAAAACCCGUUGCUGGUGGACGGCUACAAGUGCGACGUGCGGCUGUACGUGGCUGUGACCUCCUACGACCCGCUGGUCAUCUACCUGUACGAGGAGGGCCUGAUCCGCUUCGCGGCCGUCAAGUACGACCAGAGCGCCAAGAUGCUCUGGAACCCCUGCAUGCACCUCACCAACUACAGCGUCAACAAGUACCACACCAAUUACGUGCAGAACGAUGACGCCGAGGUGGACGACUACGGCAACAAAUGGUCACUGUCGGCACUGCUGCGCCACCUGAAGCUGGCCGGCGAGGACACCACGCGCCUGAUGCAGGACAUUGAGGCCAUUGUCGUCAAGUCUGUGAUUGCCGUGGCGCCUACGGUCACUACCGCCUGCAAGAUGUUCGUGCCGGCCAGGAGGAACUGCUUCGAGCUGUACGGCUUCGACAUCCUGAUCGACUCGUCGCUGCGGCCGUGGCUGCUGGAGGUGAACCUGUCGCCGUCGCUGGGCUGCGACACGCCGCUCGACAGCAAGGUCAUCGCCGUCGUCGCCGACCUGUUCACGCUGAUCGGCGUGCCGGCCGUCGACCCGAGGCAGGGGAUGCGCGCGCCGUCGAUGGACUCGGUGCCGCGCGGCGGCCGCCAGAUGCGCUCGGCUCUCUCGGCCGAGGAGGCGCGGGUGGUGCGCGAGGUGCGUGAGGAGCAGGCGCGCCGCGGCGCCUUCAUCCGCAUAUUCCCGGCACCCGAUACCUGGUCACUGUACAGCUGCUUCUUGGCGCCCAUCAACUCGCACCUCAACCAGAUGCUGCACGAGGAGCUGUACCCCAACACGAGCGCCGCGCCACACGGGCCACGCUCGCUGAGCCGCAAGAGCAGCAGCAUCCCGUCGCUGAGCAUCACCAGCAAGUCGCGCAACGAGCGCACGGCCUGCUACGAGCGGCCGCUGGCGCGCGGCUCCAAGGACGCGUUCGUGGGCUGCGGCGAGACGCGCGACCCCGAGGAGCAGGCGUCCGAGCGGCUCACUGUCAAGCGCACCAUCAUCGAGGAGAUGCACCGCGGCGUGCGCAUGAGCCGGUACCAGGCGCGGCUGGCGUUCAGCUUCUACCUACAGCACAUCCAGCGCCGGCUCAUGUGUAACAUGGAGCAGGUGCAGAGCUCCGGUCAGCUGGAUCUGGUGCUGCGCUUCAUCAGGAAGGCGGCGCGCAACCUCACCGACGCCUACGUCAUCCAGGCGCCGGGGCGUCACUUCACGCCGGUGGAGAAGGCCAUCCUGAUCGCCAAGCAGCUGGGUGACUUCAUCCACCUGUACAACCGGGAGACGCUGGAGCACGUGGCGCCGCGCGAAGGCCUCAACAUACUGGAGCCGCAGCUGCACAAACAGUUCGUCACCGGUGCCAGCGAGUCGGACCUGGAGGAGGUGCUGACGCUGCACACGUCGCUGUUCCACUCCGCCGACCUGUUCUUGGGACGGGCGCGCGCGCGCGAGCCGGCGCCUCGCGUGCGCACGGCGCCCAGCUCGCUGCGCGACUUCGCGACGACCGGCGGCCGCGACAAGGUGAAGACGCUUAACAAGAUCUACCGGUAG